AUGCGAGGCGUCGCAGCCGCUGGACGCGUCGGUCUUCAUCCCCAGACUCCACGAACCCCAGCAGCAGCAGCAGCAGCAGCAGCAGCAAAAGCAGCAAAAGCAGCAGCAGCAGCAGCAGCAGCAGCAGCAGCAGCAGCAGCAGCAGCGGGAAAAAAAGCUCAGACACUAGCAAAUGUUGCUGCUGCUGCUGCUGCUGCUAUGCCUCCUAUUACUCCUGCUGCAGCACUGCCAGCAGCAGCAGCAACAGGAGCAGCAGCAGCAACAGCAGCAACAGCAGCAGCAGCAGGAGGAUCAGGUCUGAGUGUACAGGAGAAGCGGCGUUUGCUGUGGGGUAAGAAGAAGCCUAGCGACCAGCAGCAGCAGCAGCAGCAGCAGGACGAGCAGCAGCAGCAGCAGCAGCAGCAGCAGCAGCAGCAAGACAGUGAAGCAGCAUCAGACCCUAAUAAAUACUCGCUCUCCUUCAGCAGCAGACAGUGA